AACCAUUUCUCCUCAAUGAAAGAAAAACAAACAUUUCUACCCUUGACCCAUUGAAUUUAAUAGAAAAAACUAUUCAUGCAAUUCGUCAUUCAUCAACGUUAAAAUUUAUAUUUAAUUUACUCCAGAUAUUAAUUUUCUCAUUCAUUUUCACUUAAAAGAAAAACAAUCAAUAAAUAUUGCAGUUAAAAUAAAAUUUAAUGAAAUGGCGAAGAAUGAAAAAGGGAAACUGCUCUGAGUGCAUGAGAGCAAAGAAGAGAAAUAAGAUAUUGUGUUAAGGAUCAUAAAGUCGGAUUGAUGAUAAAUCUUCUCCCCCUCUUGAUGAUUUUCUUGCAGAGUUAUUAUUUUUUUUAAUGGCUCCUAAAAUCUAUAUUAGUUGGAUGCUUCGGGCAUUUCUCUGAUCAUUCACUAAUGGAAACUGGCCAGGAGGCAGUCGCAGUGCAACGGAUGUGAGAAUGUUGUCCAAGAGUAUUGUGGUGCUUCUGCUGUCGCUGGCUAAUAGAACUGACGGGAAUAAUUAUGUGAAUCCAGUGAAUCAACCAGUAAAUCCUCCUGUGAAUCCCAGUGCUAGUGUACCUCCUGGAGGAAGUGAUUAUGGACAGGGUGGUGGUUAUGGACAGAACGGAUACGGACAAUAUGGAUACGGACAAACUGGUUAUGAGCAAACAGGAUACGGACAGAGUGGAGGAUACGGGCAAAGUGGAGGAUAUGAUCAGAGUAGUGGCUAUAAUCAGGGUUCAGGAGGAUAUGGGCAGAAUUCUUAUGCCCCCAGUGGAUAUGGACAGAGUUCUGGUUAUGCUCAGAAUGGAGGAUAUUCUCAGAACUACGGCUAUCCUCAGAAUUAUGGUUACUCCCAAAAUGGAGGAUCGGGAUACACGCAGAAUGGUGGAGCAGGGUAUUAUCAAAACGGAGGAUCUGGUGGAUACUCUCAAAACGCAGGAACAGGAUAUGCACAAAGUAAUGGAUAUUCCCAAACAAAUGGGUAUUCCAAUUCAGCAGGAGGUGGAUACGCUAAUCCAACAGCAGGAUACGCCAAUCCUACAGGAGGAUAUGCAAAUCCAACAGGAGGCUACCCAACACAAGGAACCUACGACACGUACAGUCAGCAAUACAAUACGAUUCCCUACAGUUCGGCUGCUCCCACAGGACAAGGAUCAUAUCAACAACCUCAACAACCACAACAACCACAACAACCCCAACAACCUUCCGGCCCUGGUGGCUACCCGAAUCCUAUGGAUCAACAAUAUUCACGAUACUACGAUAACUACCUUCCACAUGGGAGAUAUGUCGCUCCCUACCCUGAUCCCUAUCGGCAGCGUCCACCUCUUCCAAUACCUCCACGGGAUAGUCUCUUCCUGGCGAAACUUUUCCCAUUUAAAAUUGGACUAUUUGCCUUGGGAAAGCUCCUUCUGAAAAUUCUCUUCUUCAAGAAGAUUGUCAAAUUCAUCGCUAUUCUCGUUCUACUUCUCUUCUUGCCAGUUUUAUCAUCAAAUCUCCCCACGGGCUUCACGCCAAUUCACAUCCUCCCCAAGGCUCCAUUCGAUCAAGGAGAUUACAGAAGUCUGCAAAAUAAUAAGACGGACAAAGAGAGACUUGAGGAUCUGCGGAUGUUUGCAAAGAUCUCAAUAACAGCCUAUCAGGAGAAACUAAAGGAUUGCCCAAAGGAACAAACAAACUUCACCUGCCACAUCAACAACGUUCUCGAUGCCAUUGACAAAUAUUACACUGUGACGAAAAUUUCUAAACUCUUUCCCACGCAGAAAGGUCCUCCAUUGAAAAUUUCUCCAGUUAAUAAUGAAAAAGAUGUGCCAAGAACAAUUCUCAAAAUGAAAAAUUCAAAAGAGAAAUUCAAAAAAAGACGCUAAAGAAGCUUU